GUAAGCUUUAGAAUUUAGAAAAAACAAAAAAAGACAUAAAAAUAACCAAAAUUUCUCCGAUUCCCAACAAACGACUCCGUCUCGACAGUUAAAGGUAUUAGGUACUUUAACAUCACAAUAUCACAUUACACAAGUGUCGAAAACCUUCCCGCCAUGUCAGCACCUAAACGCCGCGCGUGAGUCUCGCUAUUGAAUUUCUGCCACUGCUACCCCGAAACCCUUUCAUAGGAGAGACAGCUCUCCCACCUCUCUCUGGUAUAUAUAUAUAUUUCAGAGCGAGACUUUCUCCUAGUGAUCCGAUUUUCUCAAUUUAGUUUCCUUUUUAUUUUCUUUCUCACAAUUCACAAAAUUUCCUUUUUCUCGGAUCAGAAUUGGGAUCUCUUCUGUCUCCAACCGCUUCGUGGAUUUCUUUUCCUUCUCCGAAAUGCAUCUCUGUCUCUCUCUCGAGGUUUGAUCCUCAUUGCGUGUCAUUUCUCUGUUUUUCUCAAACUUCCCUGCAUUUUCGUCUGCUUUCUUUCUCACAUCUUACGAACAAACUUGAGAGUGAUCGGUUUUCUAUCAACGAAAUUUCGUUGGCAAUAGAAGAAUCAAACUAAUCUUCACCAUCUUCAUCGCUUUCCGUCCACAGAUUUUAUUAACUUUCAAUCCAAUCCAUUCUCUUCUGAAAUUACCCACCAUUAAAUCCAGUUCUACGAACUCAAUUCUAUAAACCCAAAAAUUGAUUCAUCCAUUUGUUCCUUGAUUACCUUCAAUUAUUACAAAUUUUCUAUUUUUCACAUUAUCAUUCCCUUCCACACCCAGAAAACAAAGCUCCGAAAUGAACCAACAGCCACAAAAACCGGUGCUCCAAAAACCGCCAGGAUACCGGGACCCGACAGUCCCGGCUCAACCGGGCCCGAGACCGACACCCCGAAAACCGGUCCUCCCGUCUUCCUUCCAACCGACGAAGCGGCGCAAGAGCUGUUUCCGCGGCUGCUGCUGCUGUCUCUGCGUCGUCUUUCUCGUGCUAAUCAUCAUCGCCGCGGUCGCUCUCUGCCUCUUAUACCUCUGGUUCGUGCCGAAACUCCCGGUUUUCCACUUGCAGUCGUUUCGGAUCCACCAGUUCAAGGUCACCGUCAAGCCCGACGGCACGUACCUGGACGCGCGGACGGUCACGAGGGUGGAGGUGAAGAACCCCAACGGCAAGUUGUCGUUGUUUUACAAGAAGAGCACCGUGGCGCUGACGGCUGGGGAGGAGGGAACGGAGUUGGGGUCGGAGGACGUGGCUGGGUUCACGCAGGAGAGGAAGAACACGACGAGUUUGAAGGUGGAGACUGGGGUGAGGAACGAGCUGGUGGACGACGGUGAGGGCACGAGGCUCAAGGCUGGCUUCCUCAGCAAGGAUUUGGUGGUCAACGUUCAGGUUCGGACCGGGGUGGGAUUGAUCGUGAAUGGUGCUAGGAUAGGUCCCCUGCCAGUGAAGGUCCUGUGUGGUGGUGUGAGCUUCAACAGGCUCGAGUCUGGUGUCAUGCCCAAAUGUACCAUCAAUACCCUCAAAUGGAUAAACAUACAUUGAUGACCCGGGCUGUCGUGUUUGGAGAUGGGUGAUGGUUGGUUGGUUGGUUGAAGAGUGAAAUAUAUCAUUUUGACAAGACGAUCGGCAAAUUUUCUGGCAAACAGAGCCUACACAACACAUGAACGUUAGCUAGUUUGAUCAUUUUUUAUAUUUAAAAUAAACGUAUACCAUAUUCUUUUACUCAGAAAAACAAAGAAAAAGGGAGAUUGGAAUGGAGGGAAUCUAUAACAGUCUGACUUGUGUCCAUGCCUAAGCUUUGGAUCCUUCUUGUGUGUAUGUAUAGUGGGAUGCACAUAAUUUUUGUUUAUGGGGUUGGAUUUUAAUUGUUUGUUUAAUUUUUGUGUGUUGAUUGGCAAAUCGUUUAAUAUAUAUAUAUAUAUAUAUUUAUUUUGUGUCUUGUCUUUCUUUUGUUUUUCUUAAAUAAGUCAAGAGAUUCUUUGGUUGUUGUGGGGUCGGAGGUUGGGGUCUUGGGUUCCU